AUGAUUGGCAAAGUAAGUCUGGAAGAACUUCCUCUGCAGUAAAAUGUAUAGGAAAAGAAGCACUUGAAUCACUAAACUCCAAGUGUAAUCAAGAGCUGUUGUAACGGGUUGGCCUCAGGAGGCCACCAAGAUGCUCUUACCACUUUCUGCCCCCCUUAACAGGACAGAGAGGAGGGAUAAGGUAUGAAUAAAAGCUCGGGGUUGUGGUAAGAACAGAGAGAUCAUUCAUCAAUUACCAUUACAGUGAAAACAGUAAACUGUGGGGAAAUUGAAUGUUGUCAAUCAGUCAGAACAGGUAAUGAGAAAUAAAUCACUCAUAUUUCUCUAUGUCCUCUCUCUCUUAAAAGCGCGGGGAAUGGGGAUUGUAGUCAGUUCAUCACGUGUUGUCUCUACCACUCCUUUCUCCUUGCACUCUUUUCCAGUGUGUGGUCCCUUACACGGGAGACAGUUCUCCACAAAUUUCUCCAACAGGAGCCCUUCCCACAGGCUGCAGUUCUCUAUGAACUCCUCCAGUGUGGGUCCCUUCCACAGGGUUCAGUCCUACAGUAGCAGUGGCUGUUCCAGUGUGGGUCCCCCACAGGCUUACAGAACUUCAAGAUGACAGGAAGAGAGUUUCUUGAACUAGAUUCUCCACAGCGAAGACUAAUUUUGGAAAGAUUUAAGCGGAUGGAAAUCAUACAAAAGAUGUUCAGUGAGCUUCCUAAAGCAGAUCAGAACCUUUGUAAUCAUGGAAAAUACUUCCUAGCAGCAAAUUCAAGCUUAUGUGGCUUAGCAGCAAAUAAUUUCUUCAGGAGCAUCCUACAUGUCAGAAAGGCUUCACUGGUGUCUGCUAUGCCAAUGGCUGUCAUUCCAUUUCUUUCAACAGCAGUAGUUUAUGAAGCUUUUGUGCAUGACCCUUUAUUUUCAGGUCAGCUGAACUGUGAGGUCUGUGCUGUGAUCAGAGGAGGAUUAGUAGGUGCUGUUGUGGGUGGUUUCUAUCCCAUUUUCCUCGCUAUCCCCUUGAACGCAAGCCUUGCAGCCAGGUAUAUGUCAACUCCCUUGCCAGGGAAGGAAAAUCUGCUACGCUACUGGCUCACAACUGCUCAGCCUGUCUUCAGAAAGAUGAGUCUGGGUAUACUGGUACAGGCUCUGACUGGAUUGUACCUUGCCACUAAACAGCAUGGAAUAUAUAUGAAAAUGCUGCUGCAGAUGAACACUAGCAGGGAUCCUGAAGAGCUACCUGAAUGAAGUAAAGCAACUUUUCAAUUGCCUUGGAUAAAUAACCUUAAUAAACAAGAAAAAGAAGUCCCACUGUGUCUUUUUUAAUACAAAA